AUGGAGAAUAUAUUUGAAGAGUUAAAAGUAAACGAAUCAACAUUUGAUCAAUUCUUUGUACCAGAUAAUAAUGAAAUAGAUUUUUUAUUCAAUGAAACUUUAAAUAAUUUACAAGAAUUAGAUGUUCCUAGUGGAUUUGGAACAAAUACAACUACAAAUAAUCCAUUCCAUCAUUCAUAUCAAAAAUCAAAAUCUAAAACUCAUUCAAGACAAAUGAGUGGUACUGCAAUAUUUGGAUUUACUGAUCAUAAUAGAGAAUUUUCAUUAAAUGGUAUAGAUUUUUUAAAACAACAAUCAACAACACAAAGUAUAUCACCUGGAGAAAUUAUAAAGCCAAUAAUAAAACCAUCAAUACCAAGUCAAGAUAUUUUAAAUUUUAAUUUUGAAUCAGAACCUUUAUUAGAAGAAGAUGAAGAAGAUUUAACAUUUAAUAAAUUAACUCAAUCAUCACCAAUAAAACAAAUUUCAACACCAACUAAAUUACCACAACAAAAUCUGCAAACUCAACCAAGAACAAUUAAACAAGAUGAAUAUAUUGUUACUAAUCAAAACCCUAAAUCUUAUAAAUUCCCACCUUCACCAACUCCAUUUAGAAAUGAUCAAAAAAUUAUAAAUCUGUAUUCUGCAAAAUAUUUACAAUCUUUACAAAUGCAACAACCAAAUAAAUUUGUUGAUGAUUUUGAACCAUUAUUAGAAGAUCCAUCAAUAAUACAAUCACAUGGAAUAAUUGAACAACCACCACCACAACUUCAACUGUCACCAAUACAAUACCAACAAUCACAACCACACUCACAAUCACCAAUGCAUAUUCAACAACAACAACCACCACCACCACCACCACCAUCUCAAAUACAACAGCCACUAACAUUUAAUACGUUCUUACCACCACCCACUCCUCCAACACUAUCGAAUGAAUCACCAGAAUGGCAAUCAUCACCAGAACCACUUUCUCCAUCACCACAAAGAUCUCAACUACAUCAUCAUCAACCACAAAAUAUUUCACCAUUACAUCCACAAUUAAAACAAGAUAUAAAUUUUUAUACUCCAUUUUAUAAUCAACAAUCAGAAUAUUUACAACAAUUAUUAUCAUCUCCAUAUUCAACUAACCUUGAAUCACCUAUAAAAGAUCAAUCACCAUCACAACAACAACAACAAGUUCAACAACAAUUUUCAACUCCAACAAAACCGAAACAAAUUUUAGAAUGGAGUCCCGUUAUUAGUCCAAAUUCAAAACAAUCAUUAUCAAAACAAAUUAAGGAUUCAACUCCCAAACGAAGAGUUAAAAAAACAAGUUUAUUACCACCAGGAGAAUUAGAUAAUUAUUGGAUAGGACCAGAUGAAAAUAAAAUUUAUAAAUGUACAUACAAGAAUUGUGGGAAAUUAUUUACAAGAAGAUAUAAUGUUCGUUCUCAUAUACAAACUCAUUUAUCAGAUAGACCAUUUUCUUGUAAAUUUUGCGUAAAGAAAUUUGUUAGACAACAUGAUUUAAAUCGACAUCUCAAGGGUCAUAAUGAAGCAAGAUUAAGUAAAUGUCCAUGUGGUAAAGAAUUUGCAAGAUUAGAUGCAUUAAAAAAGCAUCAAGAAAGAAAUAUUUGUGUUGGUGGUAUUAAAGGAUUAGUUAAUAAACCUUCGAAGAAAAAAUUAGUUGAUUUAGAUCCAUUAACUCAAUUGAAAAUUGUUAGUGAAUUAGAACCUAUAUAA